AUGUUGAUCAACUCCAAGGUUGGAACUGGAACAUAUCUACUUGACAAAGAGCAUAUACCUCUUAGGCCAGAUUUUGAGGACAACGUAGUUGUCAUGGAUGCAUCACAUCCUACAUCUGUUGAGGCCCAUGAGAAGAUUGAGAAGGCAAAGGCUACAAAAGCAGCAAAGGCAGCAAGUGCUCCAGAUGCAUCUAUUGUGAAUCUCAAGACCAAGCAAGAUCAGAUCACAUACCUGCUAGAAGCAACCCUGAGGAUAGAGAAGAGUCUGGCAACCUUGACUAAGAAUCAGGAGAGCUUAGAGAGGAUUGUGGAGGAUAAGAUGUACAACCUUGAUGUGAAAGUCAGAGAGAUUCAGACUAUAGUUGAGAAGCUGAGGGAUGAUGCUGAGGACAAUGAUGACAGACCAACUACAGAUAGGUUUCGGUCAGUGCCAAGGGCACAAAGGUCUAUUGCUGAGCCAGUUGCAGAUUUGAGGCCAGAUUUUGAGGACAAUGAAGUUGUCAUGGAUGCAUCACAUCCUACAUCUGUUGAGGCCCAUGAGAAGAUUGAGAAGGCAAAGGCUACAAAAGCAGCAAAGGCAGCUAGUGCUCCAGAUGCAUCUAUUGUGAAUCUCAAGACCAAGCAAGAUCAGCUCACAUACCUGCUAGAAGCAACCAUGAGGAUAGAGAAGAGUCUGGCCAACUUGACUAAGAAUCAGGAGAGCUUAGAGAGGAUUGUGGAGGAUAAGAUGUACAACCUUGAUGUGAAAGUCAGAGAGAUUCAGACUAUAGUUGAGAAGCUGAGGGAUGAUGCUGAGGACAAUGAUGACAGACCAACUACAGAUAGGUUCCGGCCAGAUUUUGAGGACAAUGAAGUUGUCAUGGAUGCAUCACAUCCUACAUCUGUUGAGGCCCAUGAGAAGAUUGAGAAGGCAAAGGCUACAAAAGCAGCAAAGGCAGCAAGUGCUCCAGAUGCAUCUAUUGUGAAUCUCAAGACCAAGCAAGAUCAGCUCACAUACCUGCUAGAAGCAACCCUGAGGAUAGAGAAGAGUCUGGCCAACUUGACUAAGAAUCAGGAGAGCUUAGAGAGGAUUGUGGAGGAUAAGAUGUACAACCUUGAUGUGAAAGUCAGAGAGAUUCAGACUAUAGUUGAGAAGCUGAGGGAUGAUGCUGAGGACAAUGAUGACAGACCAACUACAGAUAGGUUCCGGUCAGUGCCAAGGGCACAAAGGUCUAUUGCUGAGCCAGUUGCAGAUUUGAGGUCUGCUCAUUCUGCUCCUGCUACCACAGCCAUAGUUUCGCCACCAGUAUCUACUCCACCAACUCCACAGACAUCGGCUAAAGCAUUACAGAUGGACUCCUCUCAACACCGUCUACACACACCAGAGCUACAAGCCAGAACACCCCUUCAGGAGCUCCCAGAGAUCUUCAAGGUCAUGAGCUUGAUAGUUGAGACAAUCAAGAGGACAACAGCUAACCAAAAGAGGCCAGAUUUUGAGGACAAUGAAGUUGUCAUGGAUGCAUCACAUCCUACAUCUGUUGAGGCCCAUGAGAAGAUUGAGAAGGCAAAGGCUACAAAAGCAGCAAAGAUGUUGAUCAACUCCAAGGUUGGAACUGGAACAUAUCUACUUGACAAAGAGCAUAUACCUCUUAGGCCAGAUUUUGAGGACAAUGAAGUUGUCAUGGAUGCAUCACAUCCUACAUCUGUUGAGGCCCAUGAGAAGAUUGAGAAGGCAAAGGCUACAAAAGCAGCAAAGGCAGCAAGUGCUCCAGAUGCAUCUAUUGUGAAUCUCAAGACCAAGCAAGAUCAGCUCACAUACCUGCUAGAAGCAACCCUGAGGAUAGAGAAGAGUCUGGCCAACUUGACUAAGAAUCAGGAGAGCUUAGAGAGGAUUGUGGAGGAUAAGAUGUACAACCUUGAUGUGAAAGUCAGAGAGAUUCAGACUAUAGUUGAGAAGCUGAGGGAUGAUGCUGAGGACAAUGAUGACAGACCAACUACAGAUAGGUUCCGGUCAGUGCCAAGGGCACAAAGGUCUAUUGCUGAGCCAGUUGCAGAUUUGAGGUCUGCUCAUUCUGCUCCUGCCACCACAACCACAGUUUCUCCACCAGUAUCUACUCCACCAACUCCACAAACAUUGGCUAAAGCAUUUGCAGAUGGACUCCUCUCAACACCGUCUACACACACCAGAGCUACAAGCCAGAACACCCCUUCAGGAGCUCCCAGAGAUCGUACCUAG